UACGGUACACUCUAAAGUUGAUUAUCAAGAAAGCUCUGUCCAAAAUGUCUGACUUCCACCAGCCAGAGACCACGGUAUCUCCCACUGUGGCUCCUUUACAGGGUGGAGGAAUUGUGCAACAAAGCUACUCCGCAGCUGCUAACAAAACAGAUGUGGCUGCCAGCACCAGUACCGCUAUAUCUGUUCCAGGGGGGUCGGGGACCAGGAGCACCGCUGCGGCGGCUAGUGGAAGAAAUGUGGUGGCGUUAGAUACCAUAUCUACAGAGAAAGCAACAGGGGGAGCAAUAUCUGUUAAGGAUGAUCCCCGCUCUAAACUGAUGUAUUAUCUUCUGUGCAUCUCCGGCGUUUUUGGUGAGUUUUACAGCAUAUGUAAGGGAAUUGUAAAGGCUGACUCAACUACCGAAAUUGAUUGUCUUCUUGAAGCGGACAAAUUCAAUCUUCUUACGGUGGAACAAUGCGACAAAGUAUUAAUACUAUGUGAUGUAUUGCGUCCAAACUUGUUCAUUGACAAGUGUAUCUUCAAGAAUUCACAAAAGUGUGGAAAGUCUUUAAACAAAUUUUACAAAAUAGAGGAAACAGAAAAAUCUCUUGCCAUUCAGAAUGAAGUGGUAUUACGAGGGGUGAAGCGACAGGUUUCAUAUAUCAUGUAUUACAAGCAAUCUUAUUUUGAGGAAUAUUAUUUUGAGCCUAUGAGACUUUUGGAGCAUCGAUUAAGAGCAAUCAGAAAGGGAAAACACUUGGAAACGUUUACAGAAAACUACAAGGUUCACCUGUUGUUAACUAUUAUUUUUCCGUUCUGGGUCGUAGUUUGGGUCGCCAUGUGUAUCAACGAGGGUAAAUCGAGUGACAAUGAACCAUUACAAACAGUACCAUAGUACUAAAAUACCAUCUGUCCGACUACUCAAGGAACGCAACCGUGAACUAGCAAAGAACCGUGUCAAAUAUUUCUUUAUAUCAGUGUAAUAAACCUCGUUCUUUCGUGGAAUAAAUUUUAGCUCUAUUUGCAACAACACAGAUAUGUCUGGUAGUUUUAUUUAAAUGAUUAUUGAUCAUGAGUUUUGUUUUUUUUGUAUCAUUUGAUAUGAAUGUAUGAACAAAA